CAUCCCCCGCACCUUUCCAUCAGCAUCCAUGGCCUCCCCUGCACCCUUCCUCACCGCAUCGCCACCCCAACCCCCUCCCUUCCUCUCCCCGACGCUCCCCUCACUCUGGGCCUUCAUCCUCUCCAGCCAGACCAACCGGCCGCGGCCCCUACCCUAGGCAGGGAGGGCGGAUCGCCGCUGCGCAGGCGCACAGGAAGGGGCGGCGGCGGGAGCGCAUCCCCAAGAUCUAGCCCGUCAAGCACCGUGUCAAAGUCUCUCCUUCGAGGAGCUCUAUGUGCGGGUGUGCGGAGGCGCUCGUGAGGGCAGUGGAGGCCUUCUUCGACGCCUUCCUCGUCGACUACUUCCUCUUCUGGUUCCGCCGCCGCCGCCGCUGCCCCGGCCCCGACAGCCCCGCCUCCGCCCACCGGGAUCCGCUCGUGCCCAAGGACUGGACAGGGGAGGCGCUCCCGACCUCGGACGAAGAGAAAGGUUUUGCAGAGAGCACAUUGUCGAACCAGCAGUUGGCAGAUGGCGACGACACAGAUGAGGAGCUUAGGCGAGAGGUCAUUGUUGUGAAGGCCGUCACGGGAAGGCGUGGGGGAUUUGGCACAAGGCCGAUGAUCGAGUCUAUGCUCUCUCCUCCAUGGAAAGACCUAUUUUUCUCUGAUGAUUGUUUUGAAGUGGCAGACCAUGUGAACAACCUAGGCACCAUCGCGGGCUCGGGCACCAAGGAGUUCAUGGAGGUGCUGCAGGGCUAGGGCCGUGGCUGCGCCAACAGGUCUGGCAGCACCGCCGCGUCGACGACGAAGGUGGUGACCGCGGCGGCGAGCGGUGCGAGUUGGUGGCUGCGGGACUGGACGUCACGGCUCAUAUAUGUGCUUCUGACUAAUCCAGUUUCUUUUGGUCUAGCUGGGCAUUACUUUGAGUUCAUAUAUGUGCUUGUCACUCCAUAGGUUAUAGUGAUUCCCUCUGUUUCCUUAUAUGUUCUUGUAGUUUGGUUGCUUUCCUAUU